CGGGCGGGCGAGCGGCGGCGCGACGUCUCUCUUCACCCGUCCCUCCCCCUCCCUCCCUCCCGCCCGCCCGCCGCGGUUCCCCCCCCUCUUUCCCCAAAGUGAGUGAGUGAGACGGGCAGAUGGAGGAGGGACUGUAAUGGCGGCGGCCGGCAGCUCCCUGCUCUGAUCCGCGGCAAGCACACGGCAGCGACCCCCCUCCCCGGCCCUCUCCCGGCCGGCCCCCGCCCUGCCGUCGGCGCGGGGCCACCGUCCCCGACCCUCCCCGCAGCUGCCGGCGUCUGGCUCUGAGCCCCGGCCGGGGCCCCGCACACAAUGGACGAGCUGGCCGGAGGCGGCGGCGGCCCGGGGAUGGCGGCCCCUUCCCGGCCGCAGCAGGGACCCGGGGGGACCCUGAAUCUUCCGCCGGGAGCGAACGGAGCGCCGGGUGGCGGGGGUCCGGCGGCCUCCGAGGCGGCGGGGCCCCCGCCAGGCCCCGAGCUGUCCCGGCCGCAGCAGUACACCAUCCCGGGGAUCCUGCACUACAUCCAGCACGAGUGGGCUCGGUUCGAGAUGGAGCGGGCGCACUGGGAGGUGGAGCGGGCCGAACUGCAGGCACGGAUCGCAUUUUUACAAGGAGAAAGAAAAGGUCAAGAGAAUUUGAAGAAGGAUUUAGUGAGAAGAAUAAAAAUGUUAGAGUAUGCAUUAAAACAAGAAAGGGCAAAGUAUCACAAAUUAAAAUACGGCACAGAACUGAACCAAGGUGAUUUGAAAAUACCAACCUUUGAAUCAGAGGAAACCAAAGACUCGGAGGCUCCUACAGCACCUCAGAAUAGCCAGCUAACGUGGAAGCAAGGCAGACAGCUGUUGAGACAGUAUCUUCAAGAAGUAGGAUACACUGAUACAAUAUUAGAUGUACGAUCUCAGCGGGUAAGGUCAUUACUUGGACUGUCUAAUUCAGAACCAAAUGGAUCUGUAGAAGCAAAGAAUUUAGAACAGAUUUUGAAUGGUGGUGAAUCUCCUAAACAAAAAGGACAAGAAAUCAAAAGGCCAUCUGGUGAUGUUCUUGAGACAUUCAAUUUUUUAGAAAAUGCUGAUGACAGUGAUGAAGAAGAAAAUGACAUGAUUGAGGGCAUCCCAGAAGGAAAAGAGAAACUUCGGAUCAAUAAGCACAAAAUAGGUAAUGAAGGUUUAGCUGCUGACUUAACUGAUGAUCCUGAUACCGAGGAAGCACUGAAAGAAUUCGACUUUUUAGUGACUGCAGAAGAUGGUGAAGGGGCUGGCGAAGCACGGAGUUCAGGGGAUGGUACAGAAUGGGAUUUUUUUAAAACAGGAUUAAUAUGUAGAAGAUUAUCCUGCCUCUUCCCUUUUGCUAUUACUUAUUUCUUAUAAGCAAUAUCAAAUCAUCUGUCAUUUACCAGGCAAGUUCCAGGAUGUUUUUGUGCACAUAUGCAUCCACCAACUUGUUCUUUGCACCGCCUUAGUUUACUUUUGCUUUCUAGAUUUGAGGUUAUCUUGCAAGUAAUUUUCGUUUUGGUUUGGUUUGUUUUAAUUAGUUUAUUUAUUUAUUUUGCUUUUUCACUCUACUCUUUACUGCUGUACUUAAAGCCAUUCACAGCUUCAUUCUUGCUGCACAGACUUAGAAAAUUGGUCCUUAUUAGUUUUUUUUCCUGUGUAAGGUUUUGUGCCACUUAAGUCUCAAGGGUUUUUUUGUUUUUGUUUUUAAUAAAAUCUCUGGCUGUAAAACAUACUACUUUUAGGUUGUGCUAAUUUGACCUAGUGUAAGUAAUAGACAACAGGAAUCAUUAGUGUCAUUAAGAUGACUAUAUGAGAUGGUCUUGAGGUGUGAGCCCAUAACUACAGCCAGUCUGAGACAGGAGGAUCAUGAGUCUGGACUAGUUGGUGUAUGUUCUAAGACCCUGUCCUCAAACAAAAGAGAGAAAUUCACAUGACUCAGGCCAUGUUACUAUGUUCAUAUUAUUCAGUAAAUGAACAGGAUUCUUGAUACAGCUUAGUUUUCAGGAAACCUUUGUGAUUAGAGUAUAUUAAAAAUUUGUUUUCUCUUUAGAAAAUAUUAAAAAACUGCUACAAUGCAAGAUUUGACAAUAUUAAUCAUAAAGAUACUAAUCUUCAGUAAGUUAGUUUCAAGUACCAGAAUUUAGCAAAUUAAAAUCUUUUCACAUACCAACUACUUACGAUGGUAUAACAAAGGCAUAACAAUUGUAGAAGAGAAUUGCGGUACAGGAGCUCUUUGAAUUUCUUCUCUCUGUUCUUCUAACAAGAGCUCUUGUUAGGCUUGCUUUACACAUCAAUCUAGAGGUGCAGGAAGGCCUUUCCAUGAUUACGGGAGGCCUAGGGAGUGUUUGAGAACCUGAGAAACAGCUUAUGCUUAGUUAACACAACUUACAACUAAAAUCUUAUUAUUCGGUAUAAUUUAUUUAAAAACUAAGUGUUUGGGUAUAAUUUUUAUUUAAGAGGACUCUAAAAUAGUCUGUAACUGUUAAAUUUAGUAAUAAUAAGAUUGCCUUAAAACUAAAUGAAUGAAAACCCUCAAUUAGUAAAAUAGCUCUAAGAAAAGCAUUUUUAUACUGUCUUUUUAAGAUUUCUCUAGUUUAUUAUGAGUAGACUUUCCCCACCAGGCAUAAGUAUUUACUUAAAUAUUGCUGAAAACACACACAAGAAAGAUAGUACCAAGUAUAAAGCAAUGUGUGUUUUAACUUCUUUGUGCUUGUCACUGUUUUACCCUCAAAAAAAUUCAGCUCAAAUCAAGACUUCAGUAGAAUUUGAACUUUCUUAUUUGUUUUAUUUUUAUUCUGUUAUUUUGCUAAUCUUUAGUUGUAGUCCAGUGGAAAAAGGUAAUGAAAUGUUGAACUGUUGGGAGGGGGUGGAGACAGAGGUGUCGUUCUUUGAAUGCUUUGUGUGAAUUAUUUGAGACAUUGUAUUUGGGAACUAUGUGUAUUACAUUGGAUUAGAAUGCCUUUCUAUCAUACAGUUAUCCUGUGCAUGCAGAACUAGUGUGACAGGAAUGCAUGACUAAUUUCAUCAACGAAAUGGCACUGACAUUUAUAGCUUGCAUUUUAUUAUGAAUUUGCAUGCAAUUCAUUUGUUUGCUUAUAUGAUGCUGGCUGAAUACUUAUUAACAUUUUUCUAAAGAUGCAGUGAUCUAUUUUUUAAUAUUAGAUUUCUAAUGUUAGUCCAGUGAUGAAAGAAUAUUCCUCAAAUUUGUGACACAUAAAAAUGAAGUAUUGUUUACCUGUGGAUGAUAUUAAAUGCUUAGGAACUUAAGGACAUUUAGUUGAGUUGGGAACUACAAACUGAGACUGCACCUUUAAAGUGUCUUGUGUAUAUGCUAUUACAAUAUCUUUAUUAUGAUGAUGUAAAGCUUUAACAGUUUACUACCAACAGCUUGCAUUGCCAACUGCUGAUUUUUUUCUUUUAAUAAUA